UGUUGCUGGCAGAAGGAGAUGGAUGGAAUUUAGUGCACGUGACUACUUUUGUUCACAUCUUUGGUUUACAAACGUCUCUAAGGCAUGGUGUUAUAGUUGUAUACUUCCUUGAUUUUUCUCCACUCAAAACAUUCCCUCUAUCUGUAUAUGAUAGCAUAUGAGAAUUCGUAAAAGAGGGCUCAUUCAGCUUAUUUAUCACGUUUCAUUGUGACUCCUGUCUCCAGUCAUCUGUGAGUGGCUGCUAGACUCCUUUAUGAUGUGAUGAAUACAAAUCUGUCCAAGGCUUUGCAGCCAAGUUUGUCUAGUGCUUGUUUCCAACUUAAACAUGUGAUUGGUGGUUUAGAUUUUGAAAGAUAUGUGCUGGUGUACUUCUCCAUUUUGUAUUGCCGCUAUCAAGCUGGCAUUGUCACAGAUGAGAUGCUUUCCUUACCAAAGACUCCUUUCCUUGCUGUGGGACUCUUGGAGGCUUUGGGAGCAGCAUGUGGAAUGGCUGCUGGAGCUGUUCUUUCUGGGGCAUCAAUUCCAAUAUUAUCACAGACCUUUCUUGUUUGGCAACUUUUAUUGUCUGUCACUUUCCUUGGGAGAAGAUAUCGGGCUAAUCAGUUACUUGGAUGCGUGCUUAUAACUGCUGGCAUCCUAAUAACAGUGGCAAGUGGUUCUGGUGGGCUUUCCCUGAAAGAAGCUGGAAUCUUCUGGACACUUUUGAUGAUAACUUCCUUUUUCUUUCAAGCUGCUGAUACAGUAUUAAAGGAGGUAAUAUUCUUGGAUACCAGCCGGCAAUUGAAGGCUGGAUCAGUUGACCUUUUUGUGGUGAAUUCUUUUGGAUCUGCUUUCCAAGCACUUUUUAUCUGUCUUCUACUUCCUUUUUUGUCCAAGUUAUGGGGUGUUCCAUUCAGUCAGCUGCCAAUGUACAUUAAAGAUGGCACAGCUUGCUUUCUGAAUAUGGGUUCUCUAGCAAGUGAAUGUGCUGGAGCACCGCUGCUACCAUUAUUAUUUGUAAUGGUUAAUAUGGCAUAUAAUAUAUCACUACUUCACCUUCUCAAAAUAUCCUCAGCAGUUGUAUCUUGCCUCGCAUCAACUUUCUCAGUUCCUCUUUCGAUCUAUGCGUUCACGCUUCCUUUGCCAUAUAUCGGUGUGGCGUCUUCCCUUCCUGCAGGCUUUGUAUCAGGAGCAGCCAUACUCCUUGCCGGCCUCCUCGUUUACACAUGGACACCGACUUCAUAUUUGGCAAGCCAAGAAGCAAGAUCUACACCUUCUCCUCUAACUCAAAGUUAAAAUCUCCUCAUCUUCCAUCCCCUGUACGUACUCAUCUUAUAAUUAGCUCUUACAUUUGUGAUUGGGUAGAAUACAAGUUCUCCCUGACAUCGUAUCAAAUUUGCAAAAAAAAAAA